AUGAGUGAAUUAGGAAAUUAUCUGAUAGGUAUAAAAUAAUAUGAUAAAAUUUAAGGGAAAACAAUUGGAGAGGGAACCUUUGGAAAAGUUUGCCAUGCUAAACAUUAAAUUUUAGGACAUGAGGUUGCAGUUAAAAUUUUAGAAAAAAACAGAAUUCAUGAUGAAUAGGAUAUUUAGAGAGUUAAAAGAGAAAUAAAAAUCUUAUAAAUGUUACAUCAUCCAAAUGUUGUUUAAUUAUAUGAGGUUAGUGAUAUAAUUUAUAAUUAGAUGAUUGAAACAGAAACACAUAUAUAUUUAUUCAUGGAAUAUGCGGAAGGAGGAGAAUUAUUUGAUUAUAUAGAUUAAAAGAAAAGGUAAAUAAUAAAUAGAUUGCAUUAAUUAGAAUAAAUGAAGUUGAAGCAUGUAAAUUCUUGCAUGAAAUAAUAUCAGCAAUACAAUACAUUCAUUAAUUGAAAAUAGUUCACAGAGAUUUGAAACCAGAGAAUUUAUUAUUAACAGCAAAAAAGAACAUCUUAGUAGUAGAUUUUGGAUUAAGUAAUAUUUAUGAAGACACUCUUAAGACUGCAUGUGGAAGUCCUUGUUAUGCGGCACCUGAAAUGAUUCAAGGAAAACCAUAUAAUGGAUUAUAGACGGAUCUUUGGAGUUGUGGAGUAAUUCUUUAUGCGAUGAUUUGUGGAUAUCUUCCUUUUGAAGAUAAUAAUACCUAAGUUUUAUAUAAGAAGAUACUUACAGCAGAUUUUCAUAUUCCAAGAUAUGUUUCUUUAGAUGGAAAAGAUCUUAUUAAGAAUAUACUUGCUGUAGAUCCAAAUAAAAGAUUUAAUAUUGAUUAAAUUAAAGCACAUAAAUGGUGGUAAUUAUGGAAAUCAGAUGUAAUUUAAAUCUAUUUAAUUUAGUAUGUUUAAGUUUCACCAUUUAAAGCCUCUUUUAAUUAAAUUACUUGUACUCUUUUGCCAAAUAGCAUUUAUAAAUCUUCACUAGGAUCCAAUCUUUAAAAAGAUAUUUAUGAAGAUGAAAAACCUAGUUGUAAUUUUGAUUAAGAAUCUAUUAAAAUUUAAAUUUCUGAAAAGUAACAUUAUAUUAUAACAUAAAGAAAUUAAGACAUAAUAUAAUAAGAUAUUAUUGAUACCAAAUAAUUACUUGUCAAUGAUUUAAAUGAAUAGUAAAAACCUACUGAAUCUGAAGAUUUAUAAGAUACCUAUGAUUAUUAAUAAUCAGUAAGAUCAUUAACAAGAUAAAAAUCAAGUAAAUCUAUUUAAUCAAUUAAACAUAUGUAAACUUAGGUUGAAUCUCCAUAAAAACCUAUUAUUCUACAAUCAAUUAAAUAAACUACUCAACCAUCCUCUCAGUCAACUUCUCAACCAAAUUAAAAUAAAGUAACAAAGGCUAUCCCAAAAAAACCUGUUUUAACAUAAUAAUAAUAAUAAGUAUUUGUCCAAAAAAAACCUAUUACUAAAGUAGCUCCAUCCAAAUCAUUGCAUGAACCUCCAAAUUUUGAUAAUAAAUUCAUGAAAUAGCCUAAUACUCCAAAUAUUCGAUAAACUUCAACAGCCAAUUCGAAUAACAAUUCUUUUCAUUAAACUUAACACCUAAAGACUGAAAUACCAAAAAAAAAUUCAAAUCCUCCUGCCAAAUUAGGUGUUAUUUAAGAAUAAUUUAAAGAAAAUAAAGAAAAAUCUCAUUCAUUAAAAACAUAACCUAAUACAUGGAAGUCAUAAUAAUAAGACUAAUAAUAAUAAUAAUAAUAAUAAUAAUAAUAAUAAUAAUAGACCAAUAAAACUUAAAAUUAAUAAAAAAGUGCCAAUAAAUAAGGACCUAAUUAAAAUUAUUCUAUAAAAAAGAGUUUUCAUCAUAAAUAAACAGCAAGUGUUUAAAUUGAAAGAUAAUCAUUCCAUACCUAAUAAUCUACAUUCAUAGAAGAUAAUAGCAUAUUAUAAUUUGAAGAUAAUAAAACAAUUUUAGAUAAUUUUAUUACUCGACUAAAUAACUAUAAAAGCCAAGUAGUAUAAAAGUAUAAUCAAAAAUAAGGAUUAAAUGAUAUAAAUGGUAUUGAAUCCUUUAAUGGUCCAUACAAUUUAUCCUUUACUACUGCUAAACAUCCUUAACUGUUUAUUAAAGCAUUAUAAAAAUACAUUUAAGAUAAAUAUCACCUUGGGAUAGGUGCAAUUUAAGUAUAUAUAAUGAUUAAUUAAAAAAUAGAGUGUUCAAUAUGGUUGUAAUUUUAAUAUUUCAGAAUUUAGUUUUUAAAUAAAAUUAUUUAGAAUUGAGAAUAUGGAUAUUUUUUAUUGUUAAAUAAAUUAUAAGAAUCUUAGUAAUGCAAAGAAUGAUUAGGAAUGUAACAAUUUAAUCGAAGAUAUAAAAAAAAAUUUUGAAUUUUGA